UUGUUGGAGCAGCACUUAGCCUGAGGACUCACGAGCCACCAAACGAACAACUGAGCAAGGGUUCUCUUCAACGUUUCACCCUAAAACCUCGCCCGUUUCUUUUCGGUGUUUGUUGCUGGCGCAUUCUACUGUGAAUCUUGCCGGAGUGAAGGUCCGAGGAGCGUCGCAGCAGUGUGGGUGUUUGGUUGUCGUGGAGGUUGUGUUGUCACGGAGGCCGGAGGAGCGCAGCGUGUCGCAAAUCUCGCCCCUCUCUCUUCGGUAUCUGUCGCCGGAGCAGUCCACCGUCAUUCUCGCCGAAGUGAAGGUUCGGGGAGCAUCGCAGCAGCGUGGGUUUUUGUUUGUCGCGGAGGCCGGAGGAGCGCAGCGCGUCGCAGCUGAAGAUCUCCAAAUCUCCAUUCUCCAAUAUUCUGUUUCCGUUUCAGUCUUUCAGACUUUAAUUUGUUCCCACUUUUGCAUCUAGGCGAUAAAGAAUUUAUUCAUUUGAGUUGCACAGCUCUACCAGUACCAACAGUUCAACACCAUCAGGCUCUACUAACCUGGCUGUUUUGUCAAGGUUUUAAAUUGCGGUCUGCAAACGCAGUAUAAUGGUUUUGGGGAUCUCUGCUGCUGCAUCACAACUGCAAUUGUGGCUGCAUCAAUCGCAAUUUAGGUUUUUAUCAAAGUUGGAAUUCUAGUUGAUUACUUUUCCUGACUCUAAUCAGAAAGAUGGGAAGCACAUUUAAUCCACAGAUUUUGGUGGAAAAACUAGCCAAGCUGAAUGUUUCACAAACAAGCAUAGAGACCCUGUCACACUGGUGUAUUUUUCAUAUGAACAAAGCCAAACAAGUUGUUGAAACAUGGGAUAGACAAUUUCAUAGUUCUUCACGUGAGAAGAGAUUGGCAUUUCUGUAUCUUGCAAAUGAUAUUUUACAGAACAGCAGGCGAAAGGGUUCUGAAUUUGUUGGUGAAUUCUGGAAGGUUCUUCCAGAAGCUCUUCGAGAUGUGAUUCAAAAUGGAGAUGAUUUUGCGAGGAAUGCAGCACUUCGGCUGAUUGGUAUAUGGGAAGAGAGGAAAGUUUUUGGUUCUCGCGGUCAAAUUCUUAAGGAAGAGUUUGUUGGGAGUCAUGUGGAAAAUAAUAGCCGAGAUGUGAAACCUACAAACAUGAAACUGCUAUCGCAGAGGCCAUCUGUGGGGAAUGCAUUGGAGAAAAUAGCUUCAGGUUUUCAUGUUGUUUAUGGAGGGCAAACAGAUGAAGAUGCCGUAUUGAGCAAGUGCAGGAAUGCCAUUAACUGUCUUGAUAAAGCAGAAAAGGAAAUAGUUUCAGGGCAAUUCGGUGGAUCUGCACUAGUGGAUGAGCUCCAGGGGCAUAAUGCCAUACUGAAGGACUGCAUCGAGCAAUUAACAGCCAUAGAGUCAUCUAGAACUAGUCUUGUGUCACUCUUGAGAGAAGCUCUCGAGGAUCAGGAAUUCAAGCUGGGUCAAGUCCGUAGCCAGAUUCAGGCUGCACAUGUUCAGUCAGAACGGGCGACCAACACCUGCCAGCAAUUACUGAAUGUCAACAACAUUCCAUCAUUAGCUGAGCAGAGCUCAAAGGAAAUUCAAACCUCCAUGACUCCUGCAAGUUUUAAUAUUUCUAGUGAAAGGGAGCAAUCGGCUCCAUUAAUGUACACACCACAAGUGUCAUUUUCUCAAAAAUCUGGACACAUUGAGGAAGAUCCACGCAAGUCUGCAGCUGCUGCAGUGGCAGCAAAACUGACUGCUUCAACAUCCUCUGCGCAGAUGCUAUCUUAUGUGUUGUCAUCCCUAGCAUCAGAAGGUGUGAUAGGAAAUCCAAUGAAAGAAUCUUCAGCAGAUUAUCACUCUGAGAAGAGGACCAAGCUUGAGAAUGACCAGCCAUCUUUUGUACCAUCUCAGAAUCCUCAACAACCACUUCCUCCCUUUCCACUUUCUGAGUCUAUUCAACACAAUCCACCGACAACCAACCAACAAUCUACUCCCAACGAACCACCACCUCCACCUUCUUCAUCACCUCCCCCAUUGCCGCCACCACCACCACCACCAAUGUCACAGUACCCUGUGCCGCAGUUCAUGCAGACUGCCGGAUCCAUUAGUAGUAUGGCAUACAGCUAUGGCGUGACACAACAGCCAUCAAUUGCAGCCUAUCCAGGUGUUGGGCCUUCCCUGAAUAGUGUUUCUACUUUUACCCCGCCUCCAAUGGGUACAUAUCAGGGUUUUCAGGGUUCAGAUGGAAAUUACUAUAACCAGCCCUCAUCAAUGCCUAUGGCCCCAAUAUCUCGACAAUAAAAUUCCCAGUCCUAGAUCUUUUCGGCGUAAGGUUGCUUAGAAAAAGCCUUCAUACCUCCACCCAUAACCUUGGUAUGGUAAUCUGAUUCUUCUACAGUCUGGUGUGCACAGUAAGUGCUUUGUAACUUUAGUUGUUGGCUGGUACUAAUCUCCUGGAGCUAGAAUAAUUUCAUUGUGUUACACCGAAGAUAACGGGUUUGUACUAUUGUUGAGUAGGGUUUAUUUAUUUCUUUAUUUAUCUUACUGUAAAACUUAGCAUAUUAUUAUUGCCUUGUGGCUUAUUAGAUGUGUGGUUUUAGAGGGUUGUAGGAAUGUCUUUAGUAAUUCGACAUCAGUCAAAAGCCAGCUUGCACUUCUAAAAAUCUGCAUCCUUCUCUGCUGAUGUGGUGUUAUAUGUACAGACCAUGUCGUAUUUUAUGGAUUUAGAUGUUGUGUUGGAGCCAAAACUAUGCGUUGAGGGCCCGGUUAAUUCCGAACUUUUUAUGAUAUACAUGACAAGAUUUGUUAUAUUUAAGUUUAUAAAUUUUCGUGUAAA